AUGAGGGAAGAGAUCGCAGAAGCAAAGAAGGACAUCGAAGAGAAGAUGACUAAGAUGACUGAGGAUGCAGCACUUGCAUUGAAGAACGAACUGAAGCAAGAGAUUGAGAAGGAUUUACAAGAGAAAAUGGCAACAAAGGCACAAGGCAUGGAGAACGCUGAAGGGCUGAAACAAGAGAUUGACAAGGUCAAGAAGGAUUUAGAAGAGAAAAUGGCAAGAAAGGAUGCUGAUAAGUUAAAAAGCGAAUUGGAGCAGCAGAUUGGGAAAGUCCAAGAGGACUUGAAAGAUGACUUCGACCAAGUCGUUUUCUGCGAGGACAGUCUCUGGAAGUCAUUGCAACGCAUGCAACGCAAGCGAGACCGCGCCAAAGAAUUCAUCAAACAAAAGAAGUACGAAGAAGCAAAAAACCUUCAAAAAGAAGUGUGGGACGCGUGCAAGGAUUUGAAGCUCAAGGAGGACGACCGCAUGACAAUAGAGGCUCAGCACCAGUACGCGACCACACUUCAGUUGCAGCGGAAGUUUACAGAUGCAGAACCGCUUCAACAGGAAGUCUUGAAAGUGGCAGAGGGCAAGUUCAAGGAUGAUCCGUUGACCUUGGAGGCUAUGCACAACCUGGCCUGCACACUGUGGCAUUUGGGCCGACUUCCUGAAGCAAAAAUCCUUUACGAGAAGGUCGUGCAGAAGUACAAGCAUGCCAAGCAGGACGAUUUGGCCCAGCAGUGUCAGAAAGAUCUUGAAGCGAUCCGGAAUGGCAAAAGUGCGGAAGAUGAGGGAGCCGAAGUCAGAGUUGCUCCUCGAGGUCCUACGUCUGGUUCACAGAAAAAGCAUGUGAUGCUGUCUGGUCGCUUCAAUAAUGACAAUAUUCUAGCCUACAUCAAGGAUGUCAAGGCUGAGCUUAAGAAGCAGAACAUCGAUGUCUUCAUGGUGGAGAAGGGAACCGGGGAAGAGUAUGCCGGAGCAACGAUGUGGGGAAUGUACAACGCAAAGGCCAUGGUGAUCUUCGGUACUGAUGAAUAUGGUGCCAAGACAGGAGCGCAAUAUGAGACGUACUAUGAGCUGCAAUAUGCGCAUCAGGAGAAGAUAUUCCUAAUUCCUUUGCAGCUGGGUGAGGAAUGGCCUCCCAAGCCUACCGACAAAGAUGGAGGAAACUUAGGGGCGAUCCAAAAUUUUUUUGUUCUUCGUCCCACCAUACUUAAAUUGGAAGAUAUCAAGAUGGAAAAGGCUGUUCUGAUGGCACAGAAGAUUGCUGAAGCCGUCCGUCGACAUGACAAGGAGGAGGAGGAGGAGGCGAAAGGAAGUCCAAAGCAGCAGGCAUCAAGUGUUGCAGCAUCAGGGCCAUCAAGCGUUGCAGGCCCAGGGGAGGAGGCCUCUGCUGGGGCUCACUUGAAACAAGAGUAUGAGGCCGCCCAAAAGGAAUUGAAAGAUUUGAGAGAGCUCAUCCAAAAAACGAGUGCUGACAUGGAGUCCGAGAGAACUGCAACGACAAAACAGAUGGAUGCACUCCACCAGGAGUUUGACGCACUCAAGAAGAUUACUCUGACCUCAAAGGAUGUCGAAGAGAAAACCGACAAAAUUGGUGGCCAACUCCAAAACUUGAUCCAGGAAGCUCAGAAGGCCAACAAGGAUGAGACCAGGGCUGUAUCGACGAGGCUUGAUGAAGAGGUCAAACACCUCCAAGCAGAAGUUCAAAAACGAGAGGCGUUGGCCACUGACACACGGGAAUCCAAGGCACAGAUGGAGCGUCGGAUGGAUCAAGUGGAACAGCAGAUGAAGGACUCUAUGAAGCAGACUUCAGAUCAGAUAGAUUCGCACCGGCGGCGCGCCGAGGCACUCGCUGCUAGUCAGGAGGAAUUGCAGCAACAAGCGCGGCAGGCAAGAGCAAGCCUGACAGGGGAGGUUCGCGAACUUGGAGCGAAACUGGAGGAGGAUGCGAGACAACGUGGAGCCAAACUGGAGGAGCGUGGAGCCAAGCUGGAGGAUGAUGUGAGACAUCGUAUCAAGGGCUCAGAGGAGAAGCUUCAGAAUGCAUUGGAUGAAAAAGCCAAAGAGGUGAAGACAGAGUUGAAUCGCAGGUCUGAGGAACAGGAACGAAAGCUACGGCAGGAGAUUCAGGGCUACUCCGAAAGAUCCGAUGACAUCAAAAGGGAUCUCAAGGCCUCGCAGGACCGCGUCGCCGAAGUGGAACAUUUCAUUCAAAGAUUGAAGUGUCUGUAG